CCUCCAACGGUCUUCAGUUAGUCCGAGCGGACGCGACCAGCGGUCGGAAAAAAAAACAAGGGGAGGAGGUCUCUGUACGUGAAUGAAAGUUGUACGAACUAUGGACUGGUAAAUAGCUACUGCUCUGAGGCGAUGAAACUUAUGACAGUGAAAUGUCGGCCAUACUAUCUUCCACUGGAGUUUACUGCCGUGUUCCUCAUCAUUAUUUACAUCCCGCCGGGUGCUAAUGCUAAUGAAGCAUCGACAAACGGAGGCGUUUUACGAGGUUGCGGAGAACUUUAAUCACGUGAAACUGGCGGACACUGCCCAGUUUCUACCAGCAUGCCACCUUUCCCACGCCGGGAGACAAGACUCUGGACUGUACUAACAUUAACGGUGUGCUGAUGAUGUCACACCAGUCUGUUCUCCAAACCAGAAACCCUGGCUGAAUGUUGAGGUGAGACCUCUGCUGAAAGCUAGGGAUACUACAUCAGCACUCCAAGGAAAGAAUUGACUGCGUACAUUGUGAGGGCCAAAGCCUAUAUAUCCAGAAAAUUCAGGGUCACUUCACCACCAAGACAUAUGUGGAAAGGCAUUAAGUGCAACAGACUACAAUAUCAGGGGUGCACAAUGCCCAAAGGACCUCUCACUGCCAGAUGCACUUAUUAAGUUCUACACCCGCUUUGAGGAUCCUAACCCCCCCAGCACCAAACUUCUACAACCAUUUGGUGACAUGUCCUACUGUGUGACCACAGCAGAUGUGAGGAUGACCCUUCAGGGAAUCAACACCCAUAAGGCCCCGAUAACAUCCCUGUGCGGGUACUGAGGUGCUGUGCAUAUCACCUGUCUGAGGUGUUGGCAGACAUCUUCAACACAUCACUGCCACUGCCACCUGUCCUCUCCUGUCUAAAGGCCACCACUAUUUUCUCUGUAUUUUCCAGCAUGUCACAGGCCUAAAUGACUACCAAACUAUAGCCCAAACAUCUGUAGUCAUGAAGUGCUUCUUCUAGGCUAGUCGAUGCCCCCAUCAAGGACUCCAUCGAUGUCACUUUGGACCCUCAUCAGUACGCCUACAGGAAGAACCGCUACACUGCUGACACCAUCUCAUCUGUAGUCCCCACAGCCCUCACCCACCUGGAGAGCAGAAAUUCUGUCAUUCGUCUGGUCUUUCUGGAUUUCUCCUCAGCUUUCAACACCUUCAUCCCACAGACCCUGGUGCAGAAGCUUUUCUCUCUUGGACUGAGUCCCACACUGGGGAACAGAACACUGAACUUCCAGACCUCAUACUGUCUACUUUUCACAACACCGUCUCCUCCCCAUCACUCUCAGCACUAGCUCGCCGCAGGGCUGCAUCCUGAGCCCCCUUCUCUUCAAUCUGCUGACGUAUGACUGCUUGGCAAGACACACCCCAGCUGUCAUAUAGUAAAGUUUGCAGACGACACAGCAGUAGUGGGACACAUUACGAACAAUGAGUCUAAAUACAGAGAGGAGGUGGUACAUCUGGUACAGUGAUGCAGAGACAAUAACCUCUGCAUCAACUUGAAGAAGACCAAUGGGAUGGACAAGGAUCCUCUUCAUCCCCUGUACUUUGGAGGAGCAGCUGCGGAGAUGGUCCAUAUAUAAGAUGGGACUACCCGCUCUGGAGUUUAGUGACUGCUACCUGGACAGCCCGCAGUUCAGGGACAGGCUCAAGUCCCACGAACUGGAGCUGGACAAAACCAACAAGUUCAUCAAGGAGCUGAUUAAAGACGGCAAAGCGCUGAUCCAGGCUCUGAAAUGUUUGUCAACAGCAAAGAGGAAGUUUGCAGACUCUCUCAACGACUUCAAAUUCCAGUGUAUUGGUGAUGCUGAAACAGAUGACGAGAUAUGCAUUGCCAAGUCACUUCAGGAGUUUGCAGCUGUCCUACAAAACCUGGAGGAUGAAAGGACAAGGAUGAUCGAAAACGCCAACGAUGUGUUGAUUAUUCCACUGGAGAGGUUUAGGAAAGAACAAAUCAGUGCAGCCAAGGAAGCCAAGAAGAAAUAUGACAAAGAGACAGAGAAAUAUUGUGGAGUGCUAGAGAAGCAUUUGAGCCUUUCAGCAAAGAAAAAAGAGUCCCAUCUACAUGAAGCGGAUAACCAGGUGGAUCACGUGAGGCAGCAUUUCUACGAAGUUUCUCUGGAGUAUGUCUUUAAGGUGCAAGAGGUCCAAGAGAGGAAGAUGUUUGACUUUGUGGAGCCUCUGCUGGCAUUUCUUCAAGGCCUGUUCACCUACUAUCAUCAUGGCUAUGAGUUAGCAAAGGACUUCAACCACUUCAAAACUGAUCUCACUAUCAGCAUACAGAACACAAGGAACCGUUUUGAGAGCACAAGGUCUGAGGUUGAGAGUCUGAUGAGGAAGAUGAAGGAGAACCCUCAUGAGCACAAGAGUGUCAGCCAGCACACCAUGGAGGGCUACUUGUUCGUGCUGGAGAAGCGUCCCUUUGUUUCUACGUGGGUGAAGUACUACUGCACUUACCACCGUGAGCCCAAGAAGUUCGCCAUGGUUGUGUUUGACCCCAAAUCAGGGGGCAAAAUGGGUGAGGAGGAGAGUUUCAUCCUGAAGUCGUGCACCAGGAGGAAGACGGAGUCCAUAGAAAAGAGGUUCUGUUUUGAUGUUGAGGCCAUGGACAGACAAGGCAUAAUCACCAUGCAGGCUCUGUCAGAGGAGGAUCGCAGGUUGUGGAUGGAGGCUAUGGAUGGUAGAGAACCGGUGUACAAUCUCAACAAAGACAGCCAAACUGAAGGCAUGGCCCAGCUGGAUGUUACUGGGUUCAAUGUCAUGAAAAAAUUCAUCUACGCUGUGGAAACUCGAGGUAUUGAUGAGCAGGGUCUGUACAGAAUCGUUGGCGUAAGCUCCAAAGUACAAAAACUACUGAGCCUGACUAUAGGUAAACACUGAAACACACACAUUCAAGCAUAGUGGGAGAUUAAAACAAUAACGAGUGCCAUCAAACAUUAUCUGAGGAUGCUUCCUGCUCCUCUCAUGACGUACCAGUACCAGAGGAGUUUCAUCAAAGCCGCCAAGAUGGACAACCCAGAGGCCAGAGUGACAGAGAUUCAUGCUCUUGUUCACCGAUUACCUGAGAAGAACAGACAAAUGUUGGAGCUGCUGAUGAAACACCUGUCCAACGUGGCCAGUCACCACCAGCAGAACCUGAUGACUGUCGCCAACCUGGGCGUGGUCUUUGGACCCACUCUGCUGCGCCCGCAGGAGGAGACGGUCGCAGCCAUCAUGGACAUCAAGUUCCAAAACAUUGUGGUGGAAAUCCUGAUAGAGCACCAUGAGAGGAUAUUUGGGGACGUGCCCAAUUCGACGGGCAAUUCAACAAGCAUGCAGCUCGACCAGUCAAGGAGGAGAAGCACUGAGAGCAAAGCACCGUCCUGCAGUGAAAGGCCUCUCACGCUAUUCCACACACCGACACAUUCUCAGACAGGUGAAAAGAGGAACAGUGUUGGCAACACCCCAGCUGCUGACAUGCAACACCCAGUGUCUUCCUCUACAAACUGUAACAACAGCAGCAGCAGCAGCAGUAGCAGCACUGGCAGCCACAAUAAAACCCCCAGACACAGCCUGACCAGCAACGAUGGAGAGCAGGACGGACGACAAAUCCGACCCAGCUCACUACUGAACCCAAAAAGUCGAGGCAGUAUACCCACAAGUGCAAUAUCUCCGAGCCCCACCUCGCCCCGUUCUCCCUCCUGGCCGAUGUUCUCAGCACCUUCAAGUCCACAGCCGAUCUCAUCCGCUUCCAGUGACUCUUCCCCAGUCAGUAUCACAGGCAGGAAGGCCCGAGCGCUGUACGCUUGCAAGGCAGAGCACGACUCAGAGCUGUCCUUCAUCGCCGGGACCGUCUUUGAGAAUGUUCAUGCUUCCAGGGAGCCCGGCUGGCUGGAGGGGACUCUGGAUGGUCGAACUGGACUGAUUCCAGAAAACUACGUGGAGAUGCUGUAGCCACAGCUGGACCAAGAAGCUUAACGUAGACCAAGCUGGACUUGACUGCACAAAACUCCUCUGUUAUCAUAUGAUCAACUGGAGCAGAUUUUAUUGACUUUGUGUUGACUAGAUUGAAGAAUAGAAACUGGACCAAGCAGAACAAUAUCCAAGGGAUUUGGCACAGGACUGAAGCAUUGUGGACUUUGUCUGAAUUGCACUGGGAAGAGAAAGAGGAAAAACUGAAACUGGGAUUGUGUUGACCUGAGUUCACAGUGAAGAAGAUGCAAGUGUUUAUGUGUCAGGAGUGUAGAAAGCAUGAGGGUUUGGUGAAAUUACUCUUCUAAGUGAGCUGAUAUAUUUGAGCAAUUAAUUUUUUAAAUGUGUUUUAUUACUCUGAUCUGGACUGCCACUUCCUCAUCAUUCCCCGUUGUCAUUAGGUAUACACGGCAUUAUUGACAGGGAACAAGAUAAAUGGUAAGUGGCCUUCAGCUUUAAACUGCUAGUUCACCUCUUCAUUGCUUGGUCACUAAUCCCCUUGGGAAAUUUGAGCCCUGGAGCCAGACGGCAAUGAUUGGGCUCGGCUAUAAACGUGUUCGCAAUCCCUCGUUGGGUAAUUCCAGGGGAAGACAGUCCGCUUCGCUGAUGUUUAGGAGUUAAACGCCACGGAUGAGUUCGCUUCAAACGGUUGGGUCAGCGUUGGCGCCACACUCAUUUAUAAGUCUUUUCCUUUGCAGAGCCAUCACUUAGAAAAUAGAAAUGUGAAAAAUCUCACACAGGCUCCACAGGCAGCUCAGCAGUUUACAGUGAGGCAUAGGAGGAGCAACUGCUGGUUAGAACAAGCCCAGCUGCAAGGCCUUGCUGCCAGUGAAGAAAUGAUGAGUCAUGUUUGCACUAUGUUGGUCCAUUCUUGGAAUUCUGAUCAACCAGGAAACUUGUUCUCUCUCUCUUUUUAACAGUACAAAGCACCUGCAUGUUUUUUCCCGUCUCUUAUUUUUUCCAUAACGCAGAAUCUGCAGCUUUAAUAUUAGCAGCACAGAGAGAGAAGACAUAAUGUCAUUCCCCAGCUUUGAUCACAUGAUGAGGAAUUAUAAAGACGAUAUUAAGCAUAAUGAUGUGAGGACAGAUUGACAUUUUGAUUUUAUAGUUAAUGAAAUAUAAAUCAUUUUCUGGGCUGCAGUGACUGCUCUUGUUUCCUGAGGUGAAUAUUUUGGUAAUAAUUAGCUUUUUUCCCGUUCUAUCUUUUAUCAUCAACAAGAUUCUUUUUAAAGAGAUUUUUAAAAAGAGAAAAAACAAAUGGGAGAAUAAAAAAGCAAGCUAAUGUGAAAUAAGACUACUUUGUUCAUAUAUAAACUUAUUUAUAAGAUUUUCUUGAACUUAAAAUUCCAAGCUUCAUCCUUUUGAGAUGUUUUUAAUGAUCCUGUAAAUAAAAACGGCAUUUUGAUGGGGUAUAAUUUUUUCACAAGUAUGAAAUUUUAUAUUUUGUAUUUCUAGCUUACUAACUUAAUUCCAUUACUGCAUUAUUUGUUGCCAGAAUUUUGUAUCAAAUAUGUCUGUUCACAGCCUUAAUUAUUUCUACAGAUUUUGGUGAAGGACUGUGAAGAAUUAAAGACACAUCUUGAACAAC